AUGCCUCUCCCUGAUACUCCUCGUUACGCCGUCGUGGCGGGACAGUCCGACUUCCUCAGGUACGGCCUGCAAGCCGCCCGUUACCUGGGGAGUAUCCUCCAGAGACUACCGUUUCUACUCGCCGCCAGUAUGGAGACGGUGGCAUGCCUGACGUUUGAAAUGCUGGACACUCAACUCGGCGGCGGCAAACCACGUCCAGACACAGGGUUACCACCGGACGGCAUCCUACGCUGGUGCGGCGACGGGGGACGACGAGCCCGCCAGGCUGGCCAAGACGCGCCUCUUCUACACCGUAUACAGGAUGGACAGGGCGCUCAGUCUGCGGCUGGGAAGGGCCCCCGUGGUAGGGAAUCACGACGUUGCGCCCCGCCGACGGCCGUGGAGCGCCGUUGGCUGCGCGUGGCCGAGGUCCAGGUCCGGAUGUACGCGGAGCUUUUCAGGCGGCGACAAAUUGAAGGUGGAAGAGGCGUGUCGCAGGGAGUCGGCUGGGAUUCUGGUGACGCAGCUGGAAUUUGUUGGCCAGGAACUUGA